AUGAGCUAUAAGAGACGGCUGCGUGGAUGGCUUAGCUAUGCUUUUGCUAGCGAGGUCUUCGUCGUGGUUUCGCUUACGCUCUUUCUUCCCAUAUGCCUCGAACAGUUUGCUAGGGACAACGGGUACCUCGAACCAGAGCGUACAGAGUCAUGCUCUUCAAAGGUACCCAGUGCCGAACAGUCUGAAGAGAGAUGCGUGGUCAAGCUUGGAGGCGUCUGGAUAGAUACCGCCAGCUUCAGCCUAUACGUCUACUCGAUCUCUGUCGCCCUCCAAGCGCUCACCGUUAUCUCUAUGGGAGGUGUCGCAGACCGAUCUUCGCAUCGCAAGUCCGUCCUCCUCAUCUUUGGCCUCACCGGCGCCUUCGCCGCGCUUCUCUUCCUCACUCUUCCCUCCUCCUCACCCGUAUGGCCACUCGCAGCCCUCCUCGCGAUGCUCGCCAACGUCGGCUUCGGCGCCUCGACAGUCGCCAUGAAUUCAUACCUGCCCUCGCUCGCCGCUGCAUCGCCCGAGGCCGUUGCCGCCCGCAAAGAGCUCGUACGCGUCGAGGCGCUUGUCGCUGAGAUUCCAGAGGACGUCGAGCGACAUGCCUUCGAACAUGCUGAUCACGAUCACAUACACAACGCUGACGAGGCGGAGGAUGACCCGCUACUGGGCCAUGAGGGCGACCUUCUCGCGCUCCCGGACGCACAGGCAACGUACGACAAGGCACUGUCCCGCGCGACUGCGCGCAUCUCCUCGCUCGGCAUAGCGUCCGGCUACGGCGCGGGCAUUCUCCUACUCAUCGUGUCGCUUGUUCCUGUCACGCUUCUGAAAGGGUCUACGUUCGCGCUCAGACUUGCGAUCGGGCUCAGCGGUGCGUGGUGGGCCAUAUUCUCGAUUCCGGCGGCAUUGUGGCUGCCUGGUGGGAAGGCUGCCGCCACACGAGGUGCGGGUGCUGAGGCGGGCAACGGGUAUGCGUCAGGCAGUGCGAGUGUGGAUGGUCGGGUCGACGGGAAACGCGAGAAAUGGAGCAUAGGCAGCGAGAUCAAGGGCGCGUGGAGGAGGCUCGGGGUUAUGUUGCGCUGGCGCGAGAUCAAGCGUCUGCGGAACACGUUCCACUACCUCGCUGCGUGGUUCCUGCUCUCGGAUGGCUUCACGACAAUAACAUCCACAGCCAUCCUCUUCGCCAAAACAUCCCUGCACAUGCCGCCCUCCUCGCUCGUGCUCAUCGGCGCGCUCACGCCCUCGGCCGGCAUCCUCGGCUCGCUCGCCGUCCCGUACAUCCAGCGCCGCCUGCACGCCUCGAGCCUGCACAUGAUGAUCGGGCUCGUGGUCAUGGUCAGCGCCAUCCCCGCGUACGGAUGCCUCGGGUUCCUGCCCGUGUUCAGGGACGGAGGCGUCGGCGGGCUGAGGAGCCAGGGUGAGAUGUUCGUGUUGGCUGUUUGGUUUGGGUCGGCGUAUGGGUCGUUCCAGUCGUACGCGCGCGCGAUAUAUGCGGAGAUGCUUCCGCCCGGCGAGGAGGCGCGGUGGUACGGGCUGUUUUCGAUUACCGACAAGAGCUCGUCCUUCCUCGGCCCGCUCGUCGUCGGCCUCAUCUCGGAUGCGACGGGAAACAUACGAUACGCGUUCUUCUUCCUCGUUGUGAUGGUCUGGGCAGCCGUGCCGAUCCUGCUGAGCGUCGAUGUGGAGCGUGGGCGGAGGGAUGCGAGGGUCUGUGCGUUCCGAAUGAUCAUAUAA